CCCAACACCAUGGCUCUUUAUGAGUCUAAGACCGAGCUCUGGGACCUGGACAUCAAUGUGAUCCAGCCAGAAGGGAAAGGUCCAGAUCCAGCCACAGAUGGAAACAGCAGUACCGAGUCGUUCAGGGAUGCGUUCCAACGUUAUAUCCAGCCCUGUCUGGCAGAGCUGCUGGGUUCAUCUCUGUUUAUCUUUGUGGGGUGUCUGUCUGUGAUCGAGAACACAGAGGGCACCGGAAGGCUGCAGCCGGCCCUGGCACACGGCCUGGCCCUGGGCAUCGUUAUCGCUGUGCUGGGGGAGAUCAGUGGGGGCCACUUCAACCCAGCAGUGUCUGUGUCUGUGUUUCUGAUCGGGGGUCUCAACAUCAUACUGCUGGUCCCCUACAUACUUGCUCAGAUGUGUGGAGGGAUGAUAGGGGCAGGACUAGCCAAGGUGAUUUCCCCAUCCAUGAACUAUGCCAAAGUUUCAGGGGCAGCAUUCGACACAGUGCAGGCCGACACCCAGAUAGUACCAGCCACGGUGGCAGAGGUGAUCAUGACUCUGUUCCUGACGAUGGUGGUGUGUAUGGGGGCCGUGAAUGGACGCACGCGCAGCCUGUUGGCCCCUCUCUGCAUCGGGCUGACCGUGACCGCAGACAUCCUGGCUGGGGGAGCAGUGUCUGGGGCAUGUAUGAACCCAGCUCGUGCCUUUGGCCCGGCCGUGGUGGCCGACUACUGGAGCUAUCACUGGAUCUACUGGGUGGGACCCAUGUCUGGAGCCCUGCUAACCGCCAGCUUCAUACGACUACUGCUUGGGGAUGAGAAAACCAGAGUUAUCUUGAUGUGAUACAGAUGUAGGUUUCCAGUUCAAGUCCAUAAAAAAGUCAAUUUCCAAAAUCCACAUAAAUUCUAACAGUAUUUUUGUGUUACUAUUUCCAUGUCUCUUAGUUUAAAAUAAUCUUACCAAUGUCACUUUACUCUAUACUGGUAUAUAUAGAUGAUCUAUUGUCCAUAAAUGCAAUCUAUUUUAUUCAAUGCCAUUUGUAAAAACACAUUUUUGUACAUUAAAUAUUGCAUUGUAUAUUUUUUUUAAUGAUUGAUCCCUUUUGACAUAGUAGAAGUGACUUCUGGCCCGUAGUCUG